UCCCAGCAUUCAGUGGGCACGCGGGCUGCGGGCGCCUCAGUAGGGAAGGCGGCGCCUACGGCUAUCGAGCGGACGGAGGCCGCUGGUCGCCGCGGCUGAGGCGACCCGACGCGAACCAGGUGGAAGGAGAGGCCGCCGGUACACACCCUCCCGCCAUGAAGCCCCCCGCAGCCUGUGCAGGAGAUGCGCUGGACGCGGCAGCCCCCUGCUCUGCGGUGAACUACCUGAGAUGGGACCUGAGCGCCCAGCAAAUAGGGGAGCUCACGGUAGAACUCAUGGAGCAGACCAAGCGCGUGUAUGACCAGGUGGGCUCCCAGAAGUUCGAGGACGUGUCCUAUGAGAGUACACUCAAGGCACUGGCUGAUGUGGAGGUGUCCUACACAGUUCAGAGGAACAUCCUUGACUUCCCCCAGCACGUUUCUCCAUCCAAGGCCAUUCGGACGGCCAGCACAGAGGCAGACAAGAAGUUGUCUGAGUUUGACGUGGAGAUGAGCAUGAGGCAGGACGUGUACCGGAGGAUCGUGUGGCUGCAGGAGAAAGUUCAGAAGGACUCGCUGAGACCUGAGGCAAUGCGGUACCUGGAGCGACUGAUCAAGCUCGGCCAAAGGAAUGGGCUGCACCUGCCUGAGGAAAUUCAGGAAAAAAUCAAAGGCAUCAAGAAGAAGCUGAGUCUGCUGUGCAUCGACUUCAAUAAGAACCUGAACGAGGACAUGACCUUCCUGCCCUUCACGCGGGAGGAGCUGGGAGGGCUCCCCGAGGACUUCCUGAACUCUCUGGAAAAGACUGAGGAUGAGAAGUUCAAAGUCACCCUCAAGUACCCUCACUAUUUUCCCCUCCUGAAGAAAUGCCACGUGCCCGAGACCAGAAGGAAGGUGGAGGAGGCAUUUAAUUGUCGGUGCAAGGAGGAGAACUGUGCCAUCCUCAGGGAACUGGUGACCUUGCGGGCCCAGAAGUCCAGCCUGCUGGGAUUCAGCACUCACGCCGACUACGUCCUGGAGAUGAACAUGGCCAAGAACAGCCAGGCGGUAGCCACUUUUCUAGAUGAGCUGGCCCAGAAGCUAAAGCCCCUGGGGGAACAGGAGAGGGCAGUGAUCCUGGAGCUGAAGAAGGCUGAGUGUGAGACGCGGGGCCUAGACUUCGACAGCCGCAUCAAUGCCUGGGACAUGCGCUACUACAUGAACCAGGUGGAGGAGACACGCUAUAGCGUGGACCAGAACCUGCUCAAGGAGUACUUCCCCAUGCAGGUGGUCACCAGGGGGCUGCUGGGCAUCUACCAGGAGCUGCUGGGGCUGACCUUCGACCUGGAGGAGCAUGCCACCGUGUGGCACGAAGACGUGAAGCUGUACUCAGUGAGGGAUGCUGCCUCGGGGAUGGUCAUUGGGAAGUUCUACCUGGACCUGUACCCCCGGGAAGGCAAGUACGGGCACGCGGCCUGCUUUGGCCUGCAGCCGGGCUGCCUGCGGCAGGACGGGAGCCGCCAGAUUGCCAUUGCAGCCAUGGUGGCCAACUUCACCAAGCCCACCCCGGAUGCCCCUUCGCUGCUGCAGCACGAUGAGGUGGAGACCUACUUCCAUGAGUUUGGGCAUGUGAUGCACCAGCUCUGCUCUCAGGCGGAGUUUGCCAUGUUCAGUGGGACGCAUGUGGAGCGUGACUUUGUGGAGGCGCCUUCGCAGAUGCUGGAGAACUGGGUGUGGGAGAAGGAGCCACUGCUCAGAAUGUCACAGCACUACAGGACGGGCAGUGCCAUCCCCCAGGAGCUGCUUGAGAAGCUCAUCAGGUCCCGGCAGGCCAACACAGGUCUCUUCAACCUGCGCCAGAUCGUCCUGGCCAAGGUGGACCAGGCCCUGCACACGCAGACGACUGCAGACCCGGCCGAGGAGUAUGCUCGCCUGUGUCAGGAGGUCCUUGGGGUCCCAGCCACACCAGGGACCAACAUGCCUGCAACCUUCGGCCACCUGGCGGGCGGCUACGAUGCACAGUACUACGGCUACCUGUGGAGUGAGGUGUUCUCCAUGGACAUGUUCCACACGCGCUUCAAGCAGGAGGGUGUCCUCAAUGGCAAGGUUGGCAUGGACUACAGAAGCUGCAUCCUGAAACCUGGCGGCUCCCAGGAUGCCAGCGUCAUGCUGAAGCUCUUCCUGGGCCGUGACCCCAAGCAGGACGCCUUCCUCCUGAGCAAAGGCCUGCAGGUGGAGGGCAGUGAGCUGCUGGCCUGCUGAUGUGCUGGGGUUUUGCCAGCCCUGGACAGGGGCUCCGGCUCCCACUGCCCUGGUGCCUUAGCUCCCAGCCUGAAAACAGCGCAGGAUACGGCGGCCUCCAGCUCAGCAUCCAGGGAGGGUGGGGCGGGGUGAGGACAGGGACUGCUCUCCCUGGUCAUUUCUCAGCCGGUGGCCGGCCUGGGCUGAAGAGACCUUAUCCUUGAGAUGUCUGGAGAGCAUUUUCGUCUUGUCAGCGUCGCCUCUCUGUUGCACUAACACAGCCCCUUCCUGUGGAGUUUUCUAGGAAAGGAACGGGUUCGUCUUUGAAAUGCAGCCAUUAAAAAAUAAGGAAAAGAAGGGAGA